CAGCCCAUCCCGCCGCCCACCACCCGUCCGCGGCCUCAGGAGCUAUCGGGCGGCAGCCGGCGAGCCGACGGUGGGCCUGGUCUGCUCUCUGGGAGGAGGAAGGAGGGGCCGCCGUGCCGGUCCCCAGAACCCCGCAGCCCCGCAGCCUGCCCUGCCGGCGAGGAGAAGCUGAGAGCCGCCGCCGCUCCGCCCGGCGCCGCCGCCAUGGCUGCCAUGAUGGGUCGGAAGUGAGCCUGCGGGCGACGGUGCCGGCGCGGGCGCUGCCCCCGGGGUCCCCGCCGCCCCACCCGUCCCCGUCGGGGAGCCUCGGCCCCCGCGACCCCUGCGAGCCCGGCGCGGCCCGCGUCCUCCAAGCCUGAGCGGCGGGGAGUGGCUCCCGGCCUCCGGCCCCGGCGGCCAGGAAGAUGGCGGACCCGGCCGAGUGCAACAUCAAAGUGAUGUGUCGCUUCAGACCUCUCAACGAGUCCGAGGUGACCCGAGGCGACAAGUACGUCGCCAAGUUUCAGGGAGAGGACACGGUGAUGAUCGCGUCCAAGCCUUAUGCAUUUGACCGGGUGUUCCAGUCAAACACGUCUCAAGAGCAAGUGUAUAAUGACUGUGCGAAGAAGAUUGUUAAAGAUGUACUUGAGGGAUACAACGGAACCAUAUUUGCGUAUGGACAGACCUCCUCUGGGAAGACGCAUACGAUGGAGGGUAAACUUCAUGAUCCAGAAGGCAUGGGAAUUAUUCCAAGAAUAGUGCAAGAUAUUUUUAAUUAUAUUUACUCCAUGGAUGAAAAUUUGGAAUUUCAUAUUAAGGUUUCAUAUUUUGAAAUUUAUUUGGAUAAGAUAAGGGACCUACUAGAUGUUUCGAAGACCAAUCUUUCAGUUCAUGAAGAUAAAAACCGAGUUCCCUACGUAAAGGGGUGCACGGAGCGUUUUGUAUGUAGUCCAGAUGAAGUUAUGGAUACCAUAGAUGAAGGAAAAUCCAACAGACAUGUAGCAGUUACAAAUAUGAAUGAACAUAGCUCUAGGAGUCACAGUAUAUUUCUUAUUAAUGUAAAACAAGAGAACACGCAAACAGAACAAAAGCUGAGUGGAAAACUUUAUCUGGUUGAUUUAGCUGGUAGUGAAAAGGUUAGUAAAACUGGAGCUGAAGGUGCUGUGCUGGAUGAAGCUAAGAACAUCAACAAGUCACUUUCUGCUCUUGGAAAUGUCAUCUCUGCUUUGGCGGAGGGUAGUACAUAUGUUCCAUAUCGAGACAGUAAAAUGACAAGAAUCCUUCAAGACUCCCUAGGAGGGAACUGUCGAACCACUAUCGUCAUUUGCUGCUCCCCGUCAUCAUACAAUGAGUCUGAAACAAAAUCCACACUCCUGUUUGGUCAGAGGGCUAAAACAAUUAAGAACACUGUUUGUGUCAAUGUUGAGUUAACUGCAGAACAGUGGAAAAAGAAGUAUGAAAGAGAAAAAGAAAAAAAUAAGACCCUGCGAAACACCAUUCAGUGGCUUGAAAAUGAACUCAACCGAUGGCGUAAUGGAGAGACAGUUCCUGUUGAUGAGCAGUUUGACAAAGAGAAAGCCAACCUGGAAGCUUUUGCAGUGGACAAGGAUGUCACUAUUACCAAUGAUAAACCAGCAGCCACGAUUGGAGUCACUGGAAACUUCACUGAUGCUGAAAGAAGAAAGUGUGAAGAAGAAAUUGCUAAAUUGUACAAACAACUGGAUGACAAGGAUGAAGAAAUUAAUCAGCAAAGCCAAUUGGUAGAGAAACUGAAGACACAAAUGUUGGAUCAAGAAGAGCUUCUGGCAUCUACCAGAAGAGAUCAAGAUAAUAUGCAAGCUGAGCUGAAUCGCCUUCAGGCAGAAAAUGAUGCCUCUAAAGAAGAAGUAAAGGAAGUUCUACAAGCCUUGGAGGAACUUGCUGUCAACUAUGAUCAGAAGUCUCAGGAAGUUGAAGACAAAACUAAGGAAUAUGAGUUACUUAGUGAUGAACUGAAUCAGAAAUCGGCAACUUUAGCAAGUAUCGAUGCCGAGCUUCAGAAGCUUAAGGAAAUGACCAACCACCAGAAGAAGCGGGCGGCCGAGAUGAUGGCGUCUUUGCUGAAGGACCUGGCGGAGAUAGGCAUUGCCGUGGGGAACAAUGACGUGAAGCAGCCCGAGGGGACCGGCAUGAUCGACGAGGAGUUCACUGUAGCAAGGCUGUACAUCAGCAAGAUGAAGUCCGAGGUGAAGACGAUGGUGAAGCGCUGCAGGCAGCUGGAGAGCACGCAGACCGAGAGCAACAAAAAGAUGGAAGAAAACGAGAAGGAGUUGGCAGCCUGCCAGCUGCGAAUCUCUCAGCAUGAAGCCAAGAUCAAAUCAUUGACUGAAUACCUUCAGAAUGUGGAGCAAAAGAAAAGACAGCUGGAGGAGUCUGUUGAUUCCCUGAGUGAAGAGCUGGUCCAGCUUCGCGCACAAGAGAAGGUGCACGAAAUGGAAAAGGAGCACUUAAAUAAAGUUCAGACUGCAAAUGAAGUUAAGCAAGCUGUUGAACAGCAGAUCCAAAGCCACAGAGAAACUCAUCAAAAACAGAUCAGUAGUUUGAGAGAUGAAGUUGAGGCAAAAGAAAAACUCAUCACUGAUCUUCAAGACCAAAACCAGAAAAUGAUGUUAGAGCAGGAGCGUCUGCGAGUAGAGCAUGAGAAGUUGAAAGCUACAGAUCAGGAAAAGAGCAGAAAGCUGCACGAGCUGACGGUCAUGCAGGACAGACGCGAGCAAGCAAGACAGGACCUGAAGGGCCUGGAAGAGACCGUGGCAAAGGAACUGCAGACUUUACACAACCUGCGGAAGCUGUUUGUUCAGGACCUGGCCACCCGGGUUAAGAAGAGCGCCGAGGUCGAUGCUGAUGACACAGGAGGCAGCGCUGCUCAGAAGCAAAAAAUCUCCUUUCUUGAAAAUAAUCUUGAACAACUCACUAAAGUGCACAAGCAGCUGGUACGUGACAAUGCAGAUCUCCGCUGUGAGCUGCCGAAGCUGGAAAAGCGACUCAGAGCGACGGCCGAGAGGGUGAAAGCUUUGGAGUCGGCGCUGAAAGAAGCCAAAGAAAACGCGUCUCGAGACCGCAAACGCUACCAGCAGGAGGUCGACCGCAUCAAGGAAGCGGUCAGGUCAAAGAAUAUGGCCAGACGAGUGCACUCUGCACAGAUCGCUAAACCCAUUCGUCCUGGGCAGCAUCCAGCAGCUUCCCCAACCCAUCCAAGUGCAAUUCGAGGAGGAGGCGCGUUUGUUCAGAACAGCCAGCCAGUGGCCGUGCGAGGUGGCGGGGGCAAACAGGUGUGAGCCUCGCUCAUCACCCCCAGAUUAUUUCCAGAAGAUUCUCAGAAGUGGAAUGACAAAGUGUGAACAUUUUUAAGGCUCUUGACACACACUAACACUGCUCUCCAGGAAGACUGCGCCAGAUGGUGUCUUAGCUGAGGACACUGUCCGUUUUGUUGCAUGUUUGCCAGUCUUGGGUAUUAAUAGUUGUGAAGAUCCUAGUUUAGUAGGCCACAAUCAGCAUCUCAUUGAUUUAUUAGUGAAUCUGAAUUUUUUCAUAUAUUUAUUGGCCCGUCUCUAUAUUUUUUACAAGUUAUUUCUAUGUCCUUUCCCAUUUACCUAUUGUGAGUAUUUUUCUGAUUUAUGACUUCUUUCUUGUUUGUUUCUAAACACAGGUAAUUGAUAUCUGUUUUCUGUGGGGAGAUAAAGCAUUAACACAAGGUGGAGGAUAAACACCAUCCAGCAAUACUGCCCAAUAUGUUGUGUACAUCUUUCUGGAGCUUUCUUUACACAUUUAAACUUUUAAGUAAAAAGUUUAAACUGUUGAUAAAUACUCUAAUAAUAUAUUACUAGCAUACUGGCUGUUCUAAUAAAUAUGCUACUUUGUAUCUUGCUUUUUUAUUUUGGCAGUAUAUUCUGAACAUUCUCUUCUACAACGUGAUUGAUUAUAGCUGCCUAAUAUUCCUACUGUUUUAUUAGAUGGCAGGAACUCAGAUUUAAUUCUUUAGGAGAGGUACCAGAUGUGUAGGGGGUUUGGAAACUAGAUAAUUGUAGGAUAGUUAACUGUUUUUGUUACUGACAAAUGCUAAAGUUACUUUAUUUUAAUCUUGUUUUUAUUUUGACAUUUUGCAUAAUGUUGGCUCUCAAUUUUAGCAGAAAAUUCAGCAAUAUUCUGGAGGAGUCACAUUUCCAAAAAUUUAAUGUGUUUUUUUUGUUCAUACAAUAGAGGAUUUAGGAGAGAGUGAUACAGUGAAGCGAGUAUGAACAUCAGAGUCCCAUCUAAGUUUGGAUCCUGAUUUUUCUACUUUUAUGAACUUGAAAAAGUUACCUUUUAACAGUUAAUUUCUUUCUCGUUUUGACUUUUAAAAUUCUUAACGGAAAAAAUAAUUAUGGGUUCAUGAUCUAUUUAAUAUGUCUCUAAAACAAAACAUUUUUCUGUGACCACAAUAACAUCACACCUGACAAAACAUUUUUAAUACUAUAGAAUACCAAUCCAUAUUCAGAUUUCUCUAGUUGUUUAUUUGCUUUUAAAUUUUUUAAGCUGGUUUGUCUAAACCAGGGAAUAAUCCAGGACCACUGUUUACAUCAGGUUAUUCCCCUUAAGUCUCUUCUAAUCUAGAAUAACACACGCUGCCCCCCCUUUUUAAAUGACACUGACUUGCUGCCUAGACUAGGCCAGUUACCUUGAGCGCAGCCACCUCAGGGCAUGUGUGGUUGUCUCUGUGUGUAGUUGCCUUGUUCCUCUAUUGCCUGCUUAUUGAAAGCAUUUAUUGGAUUCAGUGUAAACAUUUUUACAAGACUACAUAGUGGAUAACGUGUAUCAUGUCAGCAGACACGACAAUAGAUAGUGUUCCUGCCAGUUAAGAGAGGGCCUCUGUUUUUCCCCCUUUGGAUUAAUGACUUGUUGAGCCCAUUUAUUAAUGAAAGGAAAGUCACUCUUGAGAAUCAUACAAGUUAAGAUGUGCGUAGUACAGGGUGGGUGUGGAGUAGAUACAGGCCGCCUUUUCUGGAAGUGGAGGUGGGCAAGAGGAUUUUCGAAGCGUAAAUAUAGACAGAGGUAAAAGUUUGUCCUUUUUGGAUACUGUCCUCACAUUGAAGUGCACACGUGGGCUCGGACUGUCUCAUUUGCAGACCAUCACUAGGUUUUAGAUUGAACGGGGAAGCCGACCCCAGUGCAGUGACGGCAGCUCGGCACACGAGGGAGCCAGCUAGCCUAGCCGAGCUGGGCGCCCAGGCCCAGAAGCAGCUGUGACCGGCUCAUUGCGGCCAGCUGUAUUUCCCUGCUGGGCCAAAGGGCGGUGGUUGUUCCUUUCUAAAGUCUUCCAUCAGUCGUAAGCCAUCCUUGUGGGGUGUAUGGUCUUUGUGAUACGCUGUUGGAAAGGUAAAUGCCUUGUAGAGAUUAUUAAAUUAUUUUUUAAUUAUUAAGAAAAACAUUUCAAAACGCUGGGUUUAUUCUGGGGGAGAGACGGCAGUGUGUUUAUAGCACCGGUACUCUUAGUGCCCAGUUCUGCAUGGCUGGCUCUCGCGCCUCGCGCAGUGCUUUGGGCAGGCUGGGGUUCUCCACACGCGCAGGUCAGGGGCCACUGAACACGGAUGCCUCCAGGUAGCGGCUGCUGGGGUGGUUUAUUUUACUGUCACUUUCCCGACCACGUGGGCCUCUUGCUGACCCCUCCCACCCCCUUUUGUCUUUCACAGCUGUCAUGUAUGUCACAUUGCUAGUUAGCGGGCCUUGGCUUAAUGUCACAGACUGUCUACUAGGCUUCUGUUUUAUUACCUUUUUUUUCUUUUUUAAAGGCACAUCAUUCAUAGCUCACUCAGCUCUUGGGGAGAAAACACAAGUGCAGGGCUGACCUCCUUUCAGUGUCGCACUGUCCUUACACAGCUCUGUUAGGAGGCAAAUAAAAGGGAAAGAAAUCAAAUCAUUUAGUGUUGCCGUCUUUUUGAUGUGGGGGAAAGCGGUCGAAGCUGUUGGCUAAAUGUUUUUAAACUAACGUAUAUUUUAUUUCAUUCUUUUCAUGAUUAUCUCAAAUACAGGUUUUAUAUAAAUAAAAAUAUUUUCUCUCUGUGCUCUCUUCUGUCUUCAGGUGUUGAAAGUAAUUGAAGUAUGAAGACAUACGAUCGCACAGUCACUCAGUGGCUGUAGCCUCUACCCCUGGGAACUAGAGA